AGAAAAAUACACCGUCUGUGACACCGAAGCUUGCAUAGAAAGAGCGAAGCUCAUCAACGAGUCUCUGAAUACUUCUGUGGAUCCGUGCAGCAUUUCUACUCCUACGCUUGCGGCGGAUGGAUUAGUAAGCACAGCUUGCCCGAAGGUGCGUCGUCUUACGGCAUUUUCGAGAUACUCGACGACGAACUACUGGAGACAUUGAACAGCACCUUGGAAAACAUUACGUCGGUUGGCACGAAUGACACCGUCAUAAGGAACAUUGCCGCUGUCUACACUGCUUGCAAGGCUGUACCAACAGAGAAUGACAGGCCUGACAUCCUUGAGGACAUACUGAAAACCUCUGGAUUUCAGCAUUGGCCCAUAACUAGUGACAAAGACUGGGUGUUCCAAAGUGCCUCUGAGGUGCUCAACUUGACCGGGUUGGAUCCCAUCCUCAAUAUCUACGUAAGCCAAGACGUCAAGAACCUCACUUCUUACAUUAUACAGUUGGAUCAAGUGAGCUUCAUGAAGCUGGGACGGAAUCAGCUCACAAACCCAGACACCGAGGAGAACAAGCCAAUACUGGACGCAUACAAGCACGUUAUUGAAGUAGCUAUAAAAUUCGUGAAGCCGAACAUUACACACUAUGAGCUAACAAGACUCAUCUGCGAUGUUCUGCUCCUCGAACUGCAACUGGCCAAUUUGACAACGCCACUGGAGCAAAGGCGAAACUUAUUUGACAUAUACCAUAGGGUAACAAUUGGGGAACUCGAAGCCAAGUUUCCAAACAUUCCUCUACGGGAUUUACUUAACAAGAAGUUUUCCAAAGCAAACAUCACGCUCGGAAAAAAUGAAACCUUGGAGCUGUACGCACUAGAAUACUACAACAGAACGAAUGACCUUUUGCCUGCUGUUGACGCAAAGACAUUAUUCAACUACGCCGGUCUCCGCGUUGUGCUCGGCUGGGCAACAGACCUUUCAAAAGACUACUACAACGCUUCGUUCCAGCUGAGGAAAGUGGCUUGGGGGGUUCAGGCUGACAUGGCCAGGUGGUCAAAGUGCAUGAGUUUUUUAACUGGUGCUAUGCGCGACGCUAUGGGCAACCUUUACGCGCGAAAGAAGUUUAGCGCCGAAGCUAAACGAGAGAUGCUGGUGUAUGUUGACAAAAUGAAAGACGUCUUUCGGAAAGAACUUGAAAACAACAAAUGGAUGGAUGAAGUCACUAAAUCCACCGCGAAAGAAAAGCUGGACAAAAUGGCCCUGAAGAUUGGAUAUCCGGAAGAAAUAAUGAACACGUCUUAUCUUGAGGAAAGAUACAAAUACGUUCCUGCAUUGAAUACUUCCAGUCAUUUUGUAGAAAUGUGGAGAUAUAUCGUGGAGAACAAUGACCGGAAGCAGCUUGAAAAAUUGCGCAUACCGUUCGACAAAAAUAGCUGGAUAGUUGGCUCUGCAGUUGUGAAUGCAUUUUACAAUCCGAGUACCAACGACAUAUAUUUUCCAUCAGGAAUCCUGCAAGGACUUUUCUAUCAACACGGUCUUCCAAAUUCCGUAAACUAUGGAAGCAUCGGGGCUAUAGUUGGACAUGAAAUUACACACGGCUUUGACGACACAGGCAGUCAGUAUGAUGCCGACGGGAAGUUGAAGCAAUGGUGGAGCACUGGAACGCGCUCAAAGUUUGAAAAAAAGGCUAACUGCUUUGUACAACAAUAUGGAAGCAUUACAGACAAAACGGCCAAUAUGACGCUGGACGGGAAAAACACGCUGGGGGAAAAUAUCGCCGACAAUGGCGGCUUGAGAAUGGCUUUCAAAGCCUAUACCGCUCUGAAUAACGACACCCGGUUAAAAACCCUCGAAGACAUUUCGGGAAAGAAGCUUUUUUUCAUUUCACGGGAAAUGACACGGUGCAGCCUACGGACACCGGCUUCACUCAGGAUGCAGAUACAGUAUGAUCCACACAGUCCGGCUCAGUACAGAAUAAACGAACCAGUGAAGAACAUGCAAGCUUUUGCAAGGGUGUUCAACUGCAGUGUUGGCUCACAGAUGCAUCCAAAACGAAAUACAUGCACCUUAUGGUGAACACAACGUAAAGCCCGCUUAUGAUAUGAAAAGCAGUAUGAAUGUGUUAGCAUUGCGGUAAAGGUCGUUAAUA